CGACAUCCUCACCCACCUCCUACCCAUGCCAAUGGAGCUAACACCCGAAAUGUGCCUCCUGUACAUAUGUCCAGAAAACAUAGCAAAAGUCCAUGCUAGACUGCUAUUCCACACACUGAUAGCGGCUUGCACCCUGAUAGCCAGAGCAUGGAAAUCCACGUCUGCCCCUACAAAGCACAGUCUAAGGCAACAAAUCCAGACAAAUUGGAAAUACGAACUCAUGACAGCUAUACA